ACGAUUGAAUGGACCAUAAACGGAUGCCUGUGAUUUCUGCAAGUCGGAGUUGUUUAUUGAUCCAGAGUCCAGUGAGGAUAUAGAUGUGGCUUUGCCGGCUCCCCGCAUCUUAUGAUCUUAUCCAGAUGGAAGGAAAUUAGACUGGCAAUUGGGACCAUUCUCACCUUUGGACUUUGAUUAGGAGGCUGCAAAGCUCAGAAUCCUCAGAACUCGACCUGCCCUGACAGCGUCUGAGCCACCAUGGGAACCCGAGGUGACAUGUAUCCAUUGGGGCUCUGCAUCGCCCUGUGCCUGUGGGGCACCGUGGCCCAGAAUCAUGGCGUACAAGGUACCACUGGGGACUGCAACAGCCAUCGGCUGUGCCCAGCAGAUGCCAAGUGUGUGAACAGCACCCACUGCACCUGCCUGGAUGGAUACCAGCCAAGGGGGAAUCGCUUCUUCACCGACCCAACAGAGACCUGUGACGAUAUUAACGAGUGUCUGGGGCUGAGCCAGCCAGACUGUGGACCCAACGCAAACUGCAACAACGUGCCUGGGAGUUACUACUGCACCUGCAUCGAUGGCUACAAGUUCAGCUCUGGGAAAGCCAACUUCACGCACGCGAGUGAGAACAGCUGCCGGGAUGUUAAUGAAUGUCUCAGAUCCCCUAACAUCUGCGGCCCAGGAGCCCAGUGCAACAACACCGAUGGGAGUUACCAGUGUGCCUGCCCAGCCGGCCAAAUGCCUUCCACCGGGAGCUGGGUCCGGAAUCAAACCACGUGUAAAGUCCCCAGCAUUAACUCCAGCGCUGAGUUUGAGGGAAUCAAAGAGAUGUGCAGGAAUUUCUCUCUGCAGGGAAAGCGGUGCAGCGGAAGCAGCAGUUUCUGCUUUUUCUUUAAUUCGACCUUAAACAUUUUGAUGUCCAUAUGCGGAGACAGGAGUGUGGCGUUAUCACUGGAGAACGUGACUCUCCGUUUCAACGCUCUCCUGAACAGCACCUCCCUCUGGGAUGGCGGAGACAAUUGGGAGGUGGGGUCAGCCGUGACGGUCCUGCUGCAGAGCGUGGAACUGGCCACGCUGGCCACUGCGCUCUGGUCUCCGGAGAGGACAACACAGAACGUGACGACAGAGUCUCUGUCUAUCCAGACGCGGCUCGUCACAGGGAACUGCAGCCAGCACAGUGAGGUCUUCACGCUGAGAGCUCACGAGGAGACGAUGGACGUGCACUGUGAUACAGUCACCGGGGCAGCCCCACAAGGUCUGGGGGCUGCUGCUUUUAUUUCCUACUCCACCCUGGACUCCGUCAUCAGUGCGAGACGUCUCAGUGAGGGAAAUCUGCCGGUUGGGAAGCUGGAGAAGAGUCAUCUCAACUCCAGGGUGGUGAGUGGGGCCGUCGGAGACGGGAGGCCCAUUAACCUAUCCACAUGUGCAAACUUCACCCUACGCCACAGAAAGGCCAAAAAAGAGGAGGAAGAGGCUCUCUGCGUCUACUGGAAAGUGGUGGCCGAGAACGGCAGCUGGUCUCCGGACGGCUGCACCACCGUGCACACGAACACCACUCACACCACCUGCAGCUGUGACCUUCUCUCCAGCGUGGCUGUCCUAAUGUCUCUCACUGCAGUGACGGAGAGCUACCCACUGAACAUCAUCACCUACGUGGGACUGACCCUCUCCCUGCUGUGCCUCUUCCUGGCCAUCCUCACCUUCCUCCUGUGCCGCUCCAUCCGCAACGUCAGCACCUCCCUCCACCUGCAGCUCUGCCUCUGCCUCUUCCUGGCCGACCUGCUCUUCCUCACCACGGUGAUCCGCCCCGGCAGUCAGGUGGCGUGUGCUGUCAUUGCUGGAUUCCUACACUACCUCUUCCUGGCCUGCUUCAGCUGGAUGUUCCUGGAGGGGCUGCACCUCUUCCUCACCAUCUGGAACCUGAAGGUCGUGAAUUACACCAGCACCAGCUGGUUCAAGAAGAGAUUCAUGUACCUGUUCGGCUACGGAUUCCCAGCCCUGGUGGUGGUUAUUUUUGCAGCGGUGAAUCCUGACGGCUACGGAACUUCCACACACUGCUGGCUCAGCCUGGACAGAGGCUUUCGUUGGAGCUUCCUGGGUCCAGUCUGUGCCAUAAUCCUGAUAAAUAUAACGUUCUUUGUGCUGACCCUGUGGAUCCUGAGAAACAGACUCUCCUCCCUCAAUGAAGAUGUGUCCAAUGUCAGAGACCACAGGUUACUGACCUUUAAAGCCAUCGCCCAGCUCUUCCUUCUGGGCUGCACAUGGAGCCUUGGUCUCCUCCAAGUCGGCUCAGCAGCCACGGUCAUGGCGUAUUUAUUCACCAUCAUCAACAGCCUGCAGGGAGCCUUCAUCUUCCUGGUGCACUGUCUCCUCAAUUGUCAGGUGAGAGAGGAGUACAGGAGAUGGAUCAAGGGAUUCCGAAUUUUCAGCAUGAAAUCUCAGACAUACGAUCUAUCCAUGUCUGCUAUCCCCACCACCAGCACCAAUACGUUGCUGUCCUUGGUCGGUGAAGGCCCCGAGUUAUGAGCGUUCAUGUGAGUUCAACUCCCACUGGAGGGAUGGGAGAUACGGAGAUGGCGUCAAGAAAUGCCUCGGCUGCUGCUGCCGCCACCACCACAUAUACAACUGAGGUCUGGCCUGAACUACAGAUCUAUAUUGGUAUUGUGACGUUGCACUCCAUAUGUUUAUGGAAAUAUGCUUAUGAGUGUAAAUAUGUUACUGGAAUAUGCU